UGCUGCUGCACGGCUGACGCAGCUGCUGCUGCUGCUGACGCAGCAGGCUGCCCCUGCAUCAUCAGCACCACUGCCGGGGUCUGCAGCAGACGGCGACCUGGCAGGGGAGACUACAAACCUGUCCAUCGUUGUAUGGUCUCCCGACCUCUGUGGCGUGUUUGGUAGCUAGUGUUUGACGUGUGGCGGUGUGUCUCUCAGAGGAGGUCUGAGUAUAUGGGUUUCCGCUGGUUCUUGAGGCGUAAUACAGAGGAAAUCUGCGAAUAUAAGAAUGUACUGGAGUACUGGCUGCUGACGCAGCCAGUGAAUAUGCACCGCCAGUGCAUAUGCACUGGCAGUACGUACUGGUUCAGUACCCAACCCGAUUUCAUCAACCGGUGGGGAGACGGACGCAACAUCCUGAUCUACAAGGAGGGCCGCAGGCGGCAACCAGGUGGUUUCAAGCCUGUGCAGGUGCUAGCAACCGCGCUCGACCCUCGCACGAAGAUCCUGUAUGGAGUGGACGAGGACGAGAAGGCCGACGUUUGGAAGCUCGUGGAGGAAGAGGCGGUGAAGAUCGCGGUAGAAACCCGCAAUUCGGAGAACUCUCAGCGCGCCUCGUCGCAGCAAGGACCAGAAGCAGCGGCAGGACCGACAUCAUCGCCCACCAGUGCGGGUGCAGAAGAAUCCUCGAGAAAGCGCCCGCGCCGUGGUGGUGGUGGGUUCAUGGCGGCGGCGCAAGCGGUCGGAGGCGCACGAACCCCGCAGCUGGACGAAGGCGCUGAUAGCUCCUUCGUGCGCCUCAUCACGAGCUCGGUGCGGGUCGAGCUCACGGCCUUCAAGGUGUCCACAGGUAUCAAGAUGUACGAGGAAGAUAAGGAAGGCGCAAAGGUCUACCUUGACCCCUUGGACUGGUGGCGGGUACGGUGCGCAGACUUCCCGCACUUGGCCAACCUCGCCCGCCGUGUGCUGGCGAUCCCCGCCACUCAGGCAGAGUCCGAGCGUCUGUUUUCCUGCGCUGGAAACAUCGUCACGAAGAAUCGCAACAACUUGGCCCCGACCACCGUCGAGCUGCUCGUCCUUCUGCGCCACUCCUGGAAGAUAGUCGAGGAAUGGGAGCAAUCGAACACCCCCGCGGCCGCGAAGAGGGGCUAGGGUAGUGACUGUCUUUGAUGGGGAGGAUUUUGUGUGCUAGCGGCAGUAAUUUGUGCGCAGUGUAGGUUUCGGUUGGGUAGCUUUGGUGCUGUUCGUAUCUGUAGCAUUCUGCAUUCUAGCAAGCUGGUGCUUCUUUUGUUGCGCACCUCCUGUCGUUUCCCGUUUCCUGGUUAGCUUUUUACUUUUUAGCUCUUAGCUGGUUUCUUGGUAUACGUUCAGGGCUGCCGUGUCGUUGUGUCCUUCGUAGAGUCCAGUAUACGAUAGCGUCGCUCAUCAACCCAACUGAUGGAUGCCACUUGGUUGCUUGGGAGUAAUAUUAUAAUGUUUCAAUAUUUCCUCAUGUCCAAAACCAACAAAUUCAGUCGUUGAACUCGAACUUUCUAUCGUUUUCC